AACCCAAAACAGCUUCAACCAAAACGAAGAUUGAAUCAUCCCAUUCAGAAGAGCGAAAUUUCUCAGCUUUCCGGUUCUAAGAAAAUCUUCACACACACACAUCUCGCAGUUGUUCAUUGGAAGGACUAGAUUGCGAAGGGGGAGAAGGAGAAGGAGAAGGAGAAGGCGGCUUCGGAAUGGUACAUACUAUUUUAUAGACAAGAUAGCCAUGGAUGAGUUUAGUACUCAGGUAAGUCGCAUAGGAUAUCAGGGACUUCAAGAUGAGGGGCAAAGCAACACUCCUCCAAUUCCAGAGGAGGUCCAGAUUGAUGAUUCUCCAAUUUACAGAAUAGAAAGACAACUGGGUAAGGGAGGUAAUGGGAUAGUAUGUGCCGGUCGACCCAUCGGUCCUUCAACUUCGAGUGGUCAAACUGGUCCACUUGCAGCGGAGGUAGCAGUAAAGUUUCAGCGGGAAGAUCCCAGUGGAAGAAAAGCCGGCAUUCUUCAUGAGUGGAAAGUUUAUGAUGAUCUGGGUGAAAAUCACGGCAUACCACUGCCACGGGUGCAUUACAGGGGGCAACAAGAUGACUAUAACAUCCUGGUCAUGGAUUUGCUUGGACCUAGUUUAGAGGUUCGCUUGGUCGAUAACCGUCCAUCGUAUGUUCCCUCCAUGCCAUUGGGGGUAGUUGCUUGUGUUGCCGUUGAGGCAAUCUCUAUUCUUGAGAAGCUGCACUCUAGAGGGUACAUUCAUGGGGACGUAAAACCUAGCAACUUUUUGCUCGGUCCUCCAGGAACUCCUGAUGAGAGAAAAUUGUUCCUGAUUGACCUUGGAUUAGCUGUGAGAUGGCGAUGUCAUUCGACAGGUUUGCAUGUUAGGUACCAUCAAUCUCCGAACCAUUUUAGAGGAACGCCUCAAUUUGCGAGCGUGCAUGCUCAUCUCGGUAGAACGAGUAGCCGAAGAGAUGACCUGGAGUCACUGGCAUACAUGCUCGCUUUCCUUAUUCGCGGUCAUUUGCCUUGGCAUAGAUUUCAGGCAGAGGAUAUGCUAUUAUGCAAGAAAAAGAUGGCCACUCCUUUGGAAGCUCUGUGUCUCUCUUGUCCUCCGCCUUUCCUGCAAUUCGCCAAGUUUGCAGUAAAUUUGAAAUUCGAUGAAGAUCCAAACUAUGCAAGAUAUAUUUCUCUUUUCCAUGGGAUAAUUGGUCAAAACCCAUACAUUUGGCCUGUGAAUGCUGAUGCUGCUCGGCAGGUACCAUCUUAUUCCUCUAAAUAUGUGCCUUUUGCAGUUUCUCAAGAAGCAAGAUGUGACAUGCUACCAGAGAGCUCACUAGCACGAAGGGGGUUGAGGAGAUCACGAUGGAUAAGCAUUUUCCACGAACAUCCACCAAUGAGGCAAAGGAUUUGCUACAAUGUGGACGAUGUGAACCUACCUUUACUCAUUGAGGAGGCAUAUGCAGAUGGACUGUAUGUUAGCAGUGUGGCUUCCCGCUUGAAUUUGUGGGCCAUGGUAAUGGAUUCUGGCACUGGCUUCACUGCUCAAGUUCAUACUAUUUCGCCCGAGUUUCUUCCCCAGAACUGGAUUAGGAGACAGUGGGCGAGGAAUUACCACAUCACUGCAGUCGCCGGAGCAGAUAAUGGUAGCAUAUUAGUUGUAAUGUCCAAGGGGCCUCAAAACUUUCGGCAAUCUUAUCGCGUCACCGAUACAUUUCCUUAUGGGUGGAUUAAGAGGAAAUGGGCGCUUGGUACUUAUAUCACGGCCAUGGCCACUGUGGGAAGUAACUGGGUAGUCGUCAUGUCCUCUGCUGCCGGAUUCGUCCACCAGGUUGUAGAGCUAGAUUUCCAGUACCCGUAUGAGGGAAUUUAUGAAAGGUGGAAUCAAGGCUACUUCAUCACUUCAGUUGCAGCUACUCCAGAUCAGGUAGCUUUUGUCUUCAGCAUUCCGGGAGAAGUACCAGUAAGAGGAUCCCAAGAGGCAGUCCAGACUUCACAUUUUCCUGAAACAGUAGCGAUGGAGAGUUGGCCUAGGAAUUACUACAUGUCCCUUCUUUGCUACAGCAGACCUGUUUCGUGAACCACCAAGUAUGGUGCGUGCAUUUACUGGCGUCUUCACGAGUGAUUGACGCACUUAACUUGCAUUUUUUACCAUUUAUCCCGACUAAAGGGAAGCAAGGGUUAACAAGCCACUGAUCAAUCAUGUCCAGAUAUGAACCCACUUCCCCUGGUACUGUAUAGAAUUGAAUACUGACCAAUUCUUGUAUCCCUUGUAUGCAUGUUUUCAUUAAAGUUUCACGCAUUUGUGAUGCCUUUGAAACAUUAUAAGAAUAAU